AUGUUGGCCAGCCCUGCUUAUCAAAAGCAAUGCCUGACAUCACCUGUUCAGCCAUCCAUCAUCUGGGGCUGCGGCUUUUCGGUAAUCCAUGUGCUUCAAGGUGCUCCUAUUUCACCUGGUUUGUUCGCCCUCAAUUGUGGGCUUCUGUACACCUAUCACGCCUUACAGUGUCCGAUGGAGGCUCUGCAUGGCAGACGGUCAUUGCUGCAUAACAUUGCGGCAGGUGGAUUAGUUGGUGCCUGGGGAGUUCAACAAGGUCUUUUGGGCGUGCCGCUGCUUGCCAGAGGGAGAAGGGCAGACGAUGGAGUGCCGUUGCAUGCCGUUGCAGUUGCACCAAAGUUCUACAGUUGCACAAAGUUGCUAACGUAGAUCUAUGCUCAGGUUUGCCAGCCCAGCCUUUUUCUUCCGCAUGUCACUCAGACUACUUGUGACAUGUCAUCGAACAGAUUGCUAUGCAAUUGCUUUGCCAAGGCUAUAGGCAGGUGCCAUGCCCUCAGCCCCACAGUGAUUGAAUGUCAGCAUGAAUUUGGUUUCUUCACUUGGUUUAGCCAUCUUUAGCCUGCGGCAUUCUGGGCCCACGGUGCAGGACCCCGACCAUGGCAGCAUUCUUUGUUUAUGGUGCUGGUGCAGGAGUCAUGUCUAGCGUGCUGGGUGGGAAAGGUUGGUAAGAGCCUGAUCCAAUGAUACUGGGACCAGUAGCUACAUGUGGCAAAAACAUGCAAGAAUUGUACAUAGCAAAAGACUUCACGGGCAGUUGGUAAAUACGGUCUCGAGAUGUCUUGAGAAAAA